AUGGUGGGGCACAGGACAGCAACAAAGCCAAGCCGGAGCGACGAGGUGUUGGAAGCUGAUGAGCAGCUCAAGAUCGCCAACCAGAUCAGAGCUCAGUUCGACUCUGCAGCCCCAAAGCGACCCAUCAAGCCAAAUAGAAGCGAGCCCGAUUCUUCAUCAUCAUCAUCAACACCAAACCCAGUUGAGUAUUCCAUCGUUGACCAACCCAACAUUCCAGAGCUCGACAAGUUUCGUUCUCUCCAAUCUGAAUCCCCUGUUAUACUCUCAUCAGCAGAGGUAGCUACCACAGUACAAGAUGAGUUUGUGGACACAGAGUACUACAAGGAACUCAAUUCCAUUGACAAGCAACAUCACAUGACUGGAAGUGGGUUUAUAAAGGUCGUAAGAGAAGGGGGAAGCGAAUUUGAUGGGUUGGAUCUUCAGCUGGCUCAGAGCCAUGAUGAUGUCAUAGUGGGAUUGAUGAAGAUCAGAAGCAACCCUGCAACAAAUGACUGGGUUCCCAGGACUGAUGAAGAUGAGGCAUGGAUUUAG